AUGGAAGCUAAUGAGACUGAGGGGCAGAAUUGCUGGGAGGGUGUGAAGCAGCAGGAAGAGUUAGAGGAGGCCUUAGGUUUGACCUAUUGGGAAUCAAGACUCAAAGCAGACCUGCAGCUGAAGCUCUUUUUCUUCUUUCUCCUCUUCCUCCUUACAGCAAAUGUCAUUCUGGAUCCAGACACAGCUCACCCCUGCCUCACCAUCUCCAAGGAUCAUAAAAGCAUCGAAGUUAGAGAAGACUUGGGAGAUCCAUCCCUUCCCAAAAACCCUGAGAGAUUUGAAAACUGUCAAUACGUCCUUGGCUGUCAGGGGUUCUCAACAGGGAGGUAUUUCUGGGAAGUCAAUGUAGGAGAUAAGGAAGUAUGGGCUGUAGGGGUUGUCAGAAAGUCAGUGGAAAGAAAGUAUUGGACCGAUAUUAGUCCUGACGCAGGCAUCUGGGAGAUUCAGAAAGUGGAGGGGAGAUACACAGCCAGUUUUUCCAACAAAAGUCUCGAUCUACCCCAGAAUGCCAGGAGGAUCCGAGUCUCUCUCAACUGUGAAGGGGGACAGGUGACCUUUUUUAAUGCAGAGACCGCAGCCCUGCUCUACAGAUUAUCGGAAGCUCUCUUUGCUGGAGAGACCCUUCUGCCCUCCUUCUAUCUGGGUGACAAUGCCUCCCUGACACUCUCCCCCUAAAAAUGGGGACAUACAUGGAGAAAACUUUGGAAAAAUUUUCUAUUUGCCAAGCAGUGAUCUCUGAAAGCCUAUAGAGCAAAUUUGCACAGAAAUAAAUACUGCCCCCCAUGGAAAAUUGGCUGGAGGGAGGAAGGAUCUCCCCUCCUACAUGGAACCUUGUUAACAGUCUGUCUCAGGAGGACCAGGUGGAUUACCUGCAUCUUCUUAUAAAUGCUUUGAAGAUGAACUGAUACAACCUUUGCAAAAAAUUAUGAACUUUAUUUUGGAAAAGGGAUGAAUACCAGAAAAUUGGAAAGGAGCAAAUAUUGCUUUAAUUCAUAAAGAAGGACAUGACUCUAUACCAAAAAUUGAUCAGCUAAUUUUUUUACUGAACAAUGACUAUAAAAUAUUUACUGUGGUUUUAGCUGAAAGAAUAAGAGGUGUAUUGCAGGACUUUAUACAUGAAAAUCAGUGUGGAGUUCUACUUAAAAGAGAGUUGAGGGACAAUAUAAGAAAUAGACAAUGUAAGAAAUAUUUUACUAGAAUAUUUGGAAAAACAUAAUGGAAAACUAGCUGCAUUGGUAUUUCCUGAUGUGGAGAAAGCAUUUGAGAAUUGGAACUGAAUUUUUUUUGUUUAAAAUUUUGGAAAAAAUGGAUUGGAGAUAACUUUAUUAAAUGGGUAAAAGUGAUAUAUACGUCAUAAACAGCACAAAUUCUAGUCAACCGAGUUCAGAGGACACCCAGCAGAAAUGCCUUCUCUAUGGACUUCUCCAUCUAAUGGCCGUGCCUUCUCCUUCAUCGGCUUCUUUUUAAUUUUAUUAUGCUAAACUACUUAUCAAAAAGAAAAUAUAAAUGUACGUAGCAUUAAUAAAUGUUAACAUUAGUGAUCAAAAUCAGCAGUGAGAACCAUGCACAAAAUGGAGCAAGUGAAUUUUUUCUUUUUAUCUUGAAAUACCAAGAACAGGAGUCAUUCAGUGAAGCUGAAUUUUCUACUUCUAACUAAUACCUUGAGCGAAACGAGACAAGGCGGUUGAUAUUGCUGUAGGUUGGAUUUGAAAUUGUUGCUCUAUGAUAAAAGGUUUUAAAUCACUGAAGAUUCCACAUGAUUCUUAGAGAUAUAAAAUGAAUUAUUUAUAUCCUGCCUGCCUCCGUAGCACCUGCCCACGACACCAGCCCAUAGGUCUUGCAUCCUGACCUGCUUGCCUGGGACUCCCACCUCUUCCCACAUUGUGGUCAUGUGAGGUCCUCGUUUAACAACCCACGUGGUCCUGGGGUUACGAC